AAGUUUGAACAGUAUUCCUGGCACGCGCACCGUCCAGAAAUGAUUGCCGCAGAGACAAAAAUGAGCAGAUGGACUGGCUGUGAGGUGUAACUCAAGGAAAAAAAGAAAAAGAAAAGGGGAGGUACAGAGGAGGAGAUGUGGAUGGAAGAGAGAUAGGGAGGCAGAAGCACCGAAGGAGCUCAGCAGAGCUUGUGUGAAAACACUGACAGGCUAAAAGGCUUUCGGCAGCAGCGGCUUCAGGAGUAGAGUCCGUCACACGCCGCCACACCGCGACUCUCACCGAUAAACCCUUACAUGCCGCUCGCAGAGAGUCGUGGGGAAUCGGCUGCAGAAGCGGACUACAAAGCUGGAGCGAGGGCUUGACGGGGAGGAUGAGGAGCAUCACCUGACUGGGAGUCCGCCUCAGCACCUGCAGUGGCAGACUGAGCACUCCAGCUGUCAAGGAGACUGGGGCAGACGGAGGAGAGAGCUGCUGAGAUUAUGCGCAGGGCAGAGAGCUCCAGAGGAUUCCCCAUCUUUGGCAAAAGCAGCAGCUGCAGUCGGGGGAGCAGGAGCUUUGGCUCAGCAGACAGAGACAAAGUCAGGGGGAGCUGCAGCAGAACAAGGAGCUCAGACUCCAAAGCUAUUUAUUUACUAUCCAGCGUUGAAUGUAGACUUUCCGGCCAAGUUGUAAGAGGAACCAGCUGUGCUGAAUGUACCUGCAGCCCCGGUCUCUGCAGCACUGGUGCAAAGGUGGCCCCAGCAGUGCUGGCGUUCAGCAGUGGUUGUCAGGGUAGGGGGGACAGUGGCUCAGGACACUGAAUGACCAGUGUGGCUGAUGAAGGCCACCUGGAUUCGCUUGCUGAAACGAGCCAAAGGAGGUCGAGUCAAGAGCUCCGACGCCUGUGGUUCGGCCGACUCCUACACCAGCCGUCCAUCAGACUCCGAUGUGUCCCUUGAAGAAGAUAAGGAGGCAGUUCGCAGAGAGGCAGAGCGACAGGCUCAGUCACAAAUUGAGAAGGCCAAGACCAAACCAGUUGCUUUUGCCGUCCGUACAAACGUCAGCUACAGUCCGAGUCAUGAUGACGAUGUCCCUGUCGCGGGCAUGGCCAUCGCCUUCGAGGCGAAAGACUUCCUUCAUGUCAAAGAGAAAUUCAACAAUGACUGGUGGAUAGGGCGUUUAGUGAAAGAAGGUUGUGAAAUCGGCUUCAUACCGAGUCCAGUGAAGCUUGAAAACACUCGGAUCCUCCAGGAGCAGAAAGCCAAACAGGGAAAGUUCUACUCCAGUAAACUGGGAGCAAACUCAUCAUCUAGUUUAGGUGAAGUGGUUUCUAACUCCCGGAAAUCUACUCCUCCUUCAUCUGCCCUUGACAUUGACGCCACAGGCUUAGACCCCGAGGACAAUGAGCUCCCAGUCAACCUGCGCUCCCCUAAAGCCAGCCCAAACACUGUCCUGUCACCCUUAGCAAAAGAGAAACGAAUGCCCUUCUUUAAGAAGACGGAACACAUUCCUCCAUACGACGUUGUGCCUUCCAUGCGGCCCGUGGUUCUGGUGGGACCAUCGCUGAAGGGCUAUGAGGUGACCGACAUGAUGCAAAAAGCUCUUUUUGACUUCUUGAAACACAGGUUUGAGGGAAGAAUAUCAAUCACUCGCGUCACGGCGGACAUCUCUCUGGCCAAACGCUCCGUCCUGAAUAACCCCAGCAAGCACGCCAUCAUCGAACGUUCCAACACGCGCUCAAACUUGGCUGAAGUCCAGAGUGAGAUCGAGCGGAUCUUUGAACUGGCCAGGACGUUACAGCUGGUGGUUCUGGAUGCCGACACUAUAAACCACCCGUCACAGCUGGGAAAGACUUCCCUCGCCCCCAUCAUCGUCUAUGUCAAGAUCACCUCUCCAAAGGUCCUGCAGCGGUUAAUCAAGUCCCGAGGCAAGUCUCAGGCCAAACACCUCAACGUCCAGAUGGUGGCCGCUGAUAAGCUGGCCCAGUGCCCUGCUGAGAUGUUUGACAUCAUCCUGGACGAGAACCAGCUGGAGGAUGCCUGCGAGCACAUGGCAGAUUACCUGGAGGCGUACUGGAAGAGCACACAUCCCACCAGCAGCAGCAGUAACAGCCCGCCCGAUCCACAGCUAACAAAGCAGCCCACCGCCGCACUGCCCUCCAGCCAGGCCCCCAACUCCGGAGUGCAGAGCAACAGCACGGAGCAGAAAGGAGACAGAGCGCCAGCUGAGAGGAAGAGCUCCAAGGAAGACUAUCAGCACCAUCAUCACCACCACCACCAUCAUCAUCACCACCAGCAGAGUCAGGAGCAGGCGGAUGCAGACGUGGAGGCAGACGGGGAGGGAAACGAGGAGGAGGAGGAGGAGGCGGAAGAAGAAGAGGAGGAAGACAGGCCCCUCAGGACAGAGUCUUCCAAAAGAGCCCAGCACAUCCACCACAGGUCGUCUUCCUCCAGAACUGAGCAACACAACCAUCAUCAUCAUCACCACCACAGCGGCAGGGCCCGGGGCCUCUCUCGGCAGGAAACGUUGGACUCAGAGACUCCUGACAGCCGCAAAAGCAAAAACUCGGCUCACAAUGAGCCACGGGUGCAGCCGCACCACCGGGACGAGGAAGAGGAGGAGGACGAUGUGGACGUUGGGGAAGGCCACCCCCAGAGGCAACAGCGUUAUGAGCCGUUGCCCAGUCGGGACCACAACCACCAUCACCACCACCACCACCACCGCAGCGGGGCAGAGGAAGGCGGCCAUGGCACGGGACAGCAGCGCUCCAAAGAGCGCGAGCAGGACCACAACGAACGCAACAAGCAGCGCUCCCACCACCACCACCGGCCGACACGCGACCACCACCACUACUAUGACCGCGGCAGGGAGAAGGACUGAGCGGUGGCCCCCCUCAAAAAGGGGCGAGGCGGGGGAGUGGUCCAGACCAAACUCUGUUCUGUUCUUCCUUUGUUCUGCUAUCCCCUUAAGCGGCACAACGCCCUAUUUAUGUCCACGUCUUUGUAAAAGCUGCUGUUUGCAGGAUUUUGACCAUGAAAAUAUAAACAUACAUGUGUGUAUCUAUGCAUAGACUUUGUUUAUGCCUGGAUAUGCGUGAAUAUUCUCAAAUAUGCAUUCUUUGAACCUGUGUUUGAUAAAGCAUGACAGAAAAGCAGAUUUUUUUCUGUUGUGAGCUGUGCUUUCUGUGAUUAGCAUAAACAAUUUUGAUCAUUUUUAUCGAUAUUCUUUGUUUUUGCUCGCUACCACUUGAAUUUUUUCCCCCCUUUAGACUACUGCAAUGGUUUAUCCGCUGACCUAGUUUGUAUUCAGAGAUUAGUUUGGCAAUUUGGGAAAUUCACUCGCUCCGAUUUUACACGGUUUACGAAACUGAACCUAAGUUGUGCUGAAGAGACAUAUGGGCUACUUUAUUUUGAAAGGGUCUGCAGCAUGUUUUUGGCUUUUUCUGAAUUAUUUUUUUACCCGAAAAAGGAAUAUAAAUAAACCGUGUCCAUCAAAACAAUUGUAAAUCACAAAUUGCACCUUUAAAAGAACUCAUUUUCAAGCCGUGUCACACAGCCACUAAGUACAUUUUGUCAUGUUGUGCCUUUUCCACAUGCGGAACACAUGCGUGAUAUACGUAAUAAGUGUUUAUUGCGUUUGUCCGUCAAGGGUUUCAACCAACAGGUCUUUAUGUGAAUUCGGUUUUAAGCUGUUCAGCAGUUUAUGCGUAUUUUAUGUAGUUUUUUACACAAUUACUGCUUAAAUCUUUACACAAUUGUGUGUGAUUUUUGCAAGAUGCAUAAGAAAGUUUGCGGCUUUCCACGACCUUUCCACUUAAGUCUAACUGAUUUUUCUGCAAGUAUAAAUUUUACAUCACGUUAGAAUUACGUAACACAUGAGUUUUGGGCCAGAAAUGGCUCUUACAAUGAUUUACGUGUUCUUUGCCGGAUGUAUUCGUACUUCUUCCAUGGUUUCAACGUGGUUCACGUGUGAUAUAUCUGAGAAAAUUUUACGUGAAGUCCACAACUUUUCUCACCUUUUCCUCGUAUAUUUGUGUAUGACCAAUUUUCAUUGUGGCUGUGUGACACAGCCUUUCAAUCAAAGUUCAAGAAUCUCCAUGUAUUUGGAGCAGGACUUUAGUUCCAGGGUUGCUGAUGCAGUAACUAGAUUGAGACUGGUGUCCUGUUUGAAUAAUAAAUGUGACGGAAAGCUGUGCUAAGACCAGAAAAAAAAAAAAAAAAACUCCCGCUGAUAUUAGAUUGUAUUUCUUUACUGCAUUAUAAAUCUACUCUACAGAUGAUCACAUUAUAAUUGGAAAGCUUAGCUGCAUGUGAGCAGCUGCUGACUGUAGCCUCAUAGAUUACAACCGUUUAAGAUGUCUCAUCCCAGCAGAAAAGUGGUCUUCCCAAGUUGUCAGACUACUCCUUUAAUUUCUUUUUUCUUCUUUAGUUUCCCAGGAUUCAAACUUUAGUUUUCAAAGGCCUCUUUUGGGACCUUAGUCUUGCCUUACAAGACGCUCAAGUUCAAAGCAAAAUUCUCUGUCUGACAUGCCGAAACUGCCCUUUAAAGUGGAUCCAAAAACCCUUUUUCUAGCAUCGUUACACCCUUUAUUCUUACUGAUUAACACUGGUUUUCAAGUGAAAGUGGUUUGAUAUGAUUCUCCACUCUCUGUAGGUCUGUCUGCAGAACUGCACUGCGGCUCUCCUCUUACCAAUCCCCUUUUUUAAUGAAUGUUUCAUUUCCACUUGAUUCCCUCUCUUCUUCUCUGUUCAAAGAACGUUAUGAAUGAUUUUUUUUUUUUACAUUAAAAGAUAAAUUUACAGAAUAAGCUUUAAAAUGAUUAAAUUUUUUACCACUUGAACAUGUUUCAUUCAAGCUUUCUGCCAUCUCCCUCCUCCACUGACUAACACACAGGAUCUAUUUAUAGCACAUCAGUGGGUUUGGGAUAUUCUGAGAGCUUUGAUUGAUUUUGUCUCUAUCAUCACCACCAUCAUCAUCACCACCACCUGCAGAGCCAGGAGCAGGUGGACGCAGACACUAAAAAAACCUAAACCAUGCCUGGUUCUGCUUAGGUUACCGUACACACCGACCCGACAGUUUUUUGUUUUGUUAUAUGCCCCAAAAGUGUCAUUCCAAACCCCCCAUUUCUAUGCUACAUUUGUAGCGCUACGGAUUUUUAACAGUGUACAUGUGUAUGUACAUAAAGUUACAUAAAGAAUAAAGUUGGCAACAAAAUAAACCUGAUGACACAGUC